GUCCCAGAAAGUUACAACGGUGCGUUUUAAGAGUUUGUAUAGAGCAGGUGGAUUCCCUCAAUCUCCUCAUCGCCGCAACGCACGCGGCUACUUCCAAGGCACUGCUCUCUUCCCCAUAACAAGAAAACACUGCGCGAGUCAGUCUGCUCUCUCUGACUCUCUCUCUCUCUCUCUCUCGGGUCAAUGAGGAAGAUGUCCCUCACAGAGCUCGACGACGAGAUCGUGCGCAGCAUGUCGAUAGGCGCCGUUUUCUCGGAUUUUGUUGGAAAGAUAAAUUCACUUGAUUUUCAUCGCACUGAUGAUCUGUUGGUGACGACCAGUGAAGAUGAUUCAGUUAGACUUUAUGACAUCGCCAAUGCUAAGUUACUGAAGACAACAUAUCAUAAGAAGCACGGUGCUGAUCGUAUAUGUUUUACUCAUCACCCAAGCUCAGUUAUAUGCUCUUCUAGAUACAAUUUGGAUACUACUGGAGAAUCUCUGCGCUACUUAUCUAUGUAUGAUAAUCGAUGCCUUCGGUAUUUCAAAGGGCACAAAGAAAGAGUCGUUUCCCUCUGUAUGUCUCCAAUCAAUGACAGCUUCAUGUCGGGUUCUCUAGAUCACAGUGUGAGAAUAUGGGAUCUUCGUGUAAAUGCUUGCCAGGGACUUUUACGCCUACGUGGUAGACCUACAGUUGCAUAUGACCAACAAGGGCUUGUCUUUGCGGUAGCAAUGGAAGGGGGUGCUAUUAAAUUGUUUGAUUCACGUUCUUUUGACAAGGGUCCCUUUGAUACCUUUUUAGUUGGUGGAGAUACAGCGGAGGUUUGCGAUAUUAAAUUCAGCAAUGAUGGCAAGUCGAUGCUUUUGACAACCACGAAUAACAACAUAUAUGUUCUCGAUGCGUAUGGAGGAGAGAAGCGUUGUGGAUUCAGUGUGGAACCAUCACCAAGUACAACCAUGGAGGCAACUUUUACCCCAGAUGGCCAGUAUGUAGUCUCAGGCUCAGGAGAUGGAACCUUGCAUGCCUGGAGCAUCAACAGGAGAAAUGAGGUGGCUUGCUGGAACACCCACAUAGGAGUUGCAGCUUGCUUGAAAUGGGCUCCCCGCAGGGCCAUGUUUGUUGCUGCAUCUACUGUUCUCACAUUUUGGAUUCCCAAUGAUUCAAAGCCAGAGCCUCCAACCACGGAACCUGAAGCUGGAGCUCAACCUGAGCAUAUUUCUCAGUGAAUCCUUUCGCUUCAUGUUAAUUCCCCUACAAUGUUGAUCGCCCGCCUUACCUCAAUCUAUAACUUGGUAUCAGGCCUCUGAAAAUUAUAAAUCAGGCCCUCGAAAAUUUUGAUCGAAGCUGAUGCUUUGGCACGAAUUGAACAACUUUGAAUGACGACUGAUCCUUUUUCAUC